CGCAAGCCUAUUUCGUCUCUUUCAAGAAGGGAAUCCAAGUUCAACAAUCAUGGCCCCCAUUAGACCCGGAAAGAAACAAGAUGCCGUCAAGAAGCCUGCCACCGGAGGUAGCACUUUAUCUACAAACUCGAGUCUUUUCGAUGAAUUCCGCACGACAAAGAAGGACAAGCGCUUGAUCAAGCAUGCCAGCUUCGUUUCAAAGAUCGAGAAAAGCUCAAAGAAGAGUAACAAGCGGCGCCGUGCCUCGAAAAAGCUCGUCACGAAUUUGGACUCUCUAGCAGAUGCCCUCCCUGAAGCCGAAGAAGAAUUGAACGCUUCGAGCAAUCAAGUGAACAUCAUUAAGCAGAAGACCUUAAAGCACAAGCCCGGUGCUAUGAAGCGCAGAGAGAAAUUAGAGAAAGUGGAACGCGAUAGAUUUGCGAAAAAUAUGGCACAGCUGUCGAGCAUGGAGGCGGCUGCUCCGACGAUUCCUAACGCGACUUCGGAUACUAACGCAGGGCCCAAUAGGUGGGCAGCGUUGCGAAAUUUCAUUUCCCAUACAAUGGAGCAACAGCCUGCUUUUAAGACAGCCCAAUGAAGCAAUGAACAAGACAUCGGAGACGCGGGCGUCGCUAUACCAGCUGGCUCAGAGUUUUGCUUAGCUUGGAACACAGCUGUAAUGCAGUGGAUGGUCACUUGGCGCAGAUAAUUUCAGAUGCAGUUUUAGACUUGAGACUGUGUGUGGUUCCAUGAACAAACCUGGCUCAUUCAGCUUAGAGCCAUACACAAUGAUCCUUCCUAGAGGCGGUUCAGACGCGGCCCCGGAAUUUACACCGAGGACCGUGCAUUCCGGUUUGACAAACAUGAGACCCACCACUAGCUUGAGAACCUUGCGCUUACAUGUGGACUCGGCGCAUCUAAUUCUUGCGUUAACAAAGAAGCAAUGGCGAAUGAAGAGACGAAUUGAUGCUGCUGGUUGUUCGUGUGCUUGGUACCUUUUCUACGUCAUUAAAACAUCCCACAUGGCCU